AUGGCGGAUGCUGCUGAGUGCGGUGUAAAAGUGAUGUGCCGAUUCAGGCCUUUAAAUGAAUCGGAAACCAACAGAGGAGACAAAUACAUCCCGAAAUUCAAAGGCGAAGACACGGUGGUAAUAACGGGCAAGCCUUAUGUGUUUGACCGAGUCCUGCCACCCAACACAGCCCAGGAGCAGGUCUACGAUGCCUGUGCCAAGCAGAUCGUCAAAGAUGUGUUGGGUGGCUACAAUGGAACCAUCUUUGCCUAUGGCCAGACCUCGUCAGGCAAGACUCACACCAUGGAGGGCAAGCUCCAUGACUCCCAGCUGAUGGGUAUCAUCCCCCGUAUCGCCAGGGACAUCUUUGACCACAUCUACUCCAUGGACGAGAACCUGGAGUUCCACAUCAAGGUCUCCUAUUUUGAAAUCUACUUAGACAAAAUCAGAGACUUAUUGGAUGUGUCAAAGAUCAACCUAGCAGUGCAUGAGGACAAAAACAAGGUUCCCUAUGUUAAGGGCUGUACGGAACGCUUUGUGUCCAGUCCAGAAGAGGUUAUGGAUGUCAUUGAUGAAGGAAAAUCCAAUCGUCACGUGGCUGUUACAAACAUGAAUGAGCACAGUUCUCGCAGUCACAGCAUCUUCCUGAUCAACAUCAAGCAGGAGAACGUAGAGACAGAACUGAAGCUGUCAGGAAAACUCUACUUGGUGGAUCUGGCUGGCAGUGAGAAGGUCAGUAAAACUGGGGCAGAGGGAUCUGUGUUGGACGAGGCCAAGAAUAUCAAUAAGUCCCUCUCCGCCCUGGGGAACGUCAUAUCAGCUCUGGCCGAGGGAACUAAAACCCACGUGCCCUACAGAGACAGUAAGAUGACCCGUAUCCUGCAGGACUCUCUGGGGGGAAACUGUAGGACCACCAUCAUCAUUUGUGCCUCCCCCUCUGUCUACAAUGAGGCUGAGACCAAGUCCACCCUCAUGUUUGGACAGAGAGCUAAGACCAUUAAGAACACAGUGUCAGUGAACCAAGAGCUGACAGCUGAGGAGUGGAAGAAGAAGUAUGAGAAGGAGAAAGAGAAGACUAAAGGCUUGAAAUACGUGAUCCAGAAGCUUGAGACCGAGCUCAAACGCUGGAGGAAAGGUGAGGCUGUUCCAGUGGAGGAACAGCUGAGCAGUAAGGAGAAGAAGAGCAACAGUGGUGACGCAAUGGCCACGCCCAUGAUUGACACUAUCGCCCCACCGCCUGUCCCGCUAUUGGACGAGGAGAAGACCCGAUACGAGGGGCUCAUCACCGACUUGUACCAGCAGCUGGAUGACAAGGAUGAUGAGAUCAACCAACACAGUCAGCUGGCAGAGAAGUUCAAAGAGCAGAUGAUCGAUCAAGAUGAGCUGCUGGUUUCGGCCCGUAAGGACUAUGAGAAGCUGCAGGAGGACCUGUCCAGGCUGCAGAGGGAGAACGAGGUGGCCAAAGAGGAGGUGAAGGAGGUGCUGCAGGCCCUGGAGGAGCUUGCUGUUAACUACGACCACAAGAGCCAGGAAGUGGAGAACAACAACCGCUCCAACAACCAGCUCAGCGAGGAACUCAACCAGAAGAGCACCACUCUGGAGGGGGUGCAGAGGGAGCUGUCCAGUCUACAGGAGCUCAGCAGUCACCAUAAGAAGAGAGCAGCAGAGAUCCUCAGUCUACUGCUCCGAGACCUCAGUGAGAUAGGAGGCAUCAUCGGCACCAGUGACCUCAAGAUGAUGGAGGUGAAUGAGGUCAUCGAGGAGGAGUUCACCAUGGCCCGUCUUUACAUCAGUAAGAUGAAGUCGGAGGUCAAGUCUCUGGUGAACCGCAGCAAACAGCUGGAGAGCUCCCUUGUCGACACCUCCCGCAAGAUGCAGGCCAAUGAGAAGGAGCUGGCCUCCUGUCAGUUACUCAUCUCCCAGCACCAGGCUAAGAUCAAGUCUCUGACAGACUACAUGCAGAACAUGGAGCAGAAGAAGAGACAGCUGGAAGAAAGCCAGGACUCCCUGAUGGAAGAGCUACACGCACUACAUGCACAGGAGAAAAUGAAAGAGGUACAUGUGAUGGAUAAGCAGAAGGAGCACCUGACCAAACUGCAGGAUGCAGUGGAGAUGAAGAAGACCCUAGAGGAGCAGAUGGAGAACCACAGAGAGGUGCAUCAGAAGCAGCUGUCUCGCCUGCGGGAUGAGAUCGACCACAAGCAGAGGGUCCUGGACGAGCUCAAGGAUCUGAACCAGGGGUUGCAGCUGGAACAGAGGAAGCUGCAGUCAGACAAUGACAAACUGAAGGCCGAGGAGCUGGAGAAGGACGAGCAACUGCAGAAGCUUGUCUUCAUGAAUGAGAAGAGAGAGCAGGCCAAGGAGGACCUGAAGGGGCUCGAAGAAACUGUGGCCAAGGAGCUUCAGACCCUGCACAACCUGCGCAGGCUUUUCAUCCAAGAGCUCACCUCCCGCGUCAGCAUGAGUGCAGAAAUGGAUAAUGAUGAGGCUGGGGGCAGCCUGGCUCAGAGACAGAGGAUCACCUUCCUGGAGAACAACCUGGAGCAGCUCACCAAGGUCCACAAACAGUUGGUGCGCGAUAACGCCGACCUGCGCUGUGAGCUGCCCAAGCUGGAGAAGCGUCUGCGGGCUACGGCUGAGAGGGUCAAGGCCCUGGAAGCGGCCCUGAGGGAGGCCAAAGAGAGUGCCAUGAGGGACCGCAAACGCUACCUGCAGGAGGUGGACCGCAUCAAAGAGGCCAUGCUCUCCAAGAACGCCUCCAGGAGGGGGCACUCUGCACAAAUAGCUAAGCCCAUCCGUGCAGGACAUCAGCAGCACUCCACAUCCUCUCCCUCAGCGGGUCAUUCCAUCCGUGGAGGCUCUAUCCGCGGGGGUGGAGGGGUGUCUAGCCCUCACCACCACCGCCACCCGGCCUCUCCAUCACCCCACCGCCAGCAACAGCAGCAGCAGCAGCAGCAGCACCGCAGCAAAUAA